UUAUGAAUUACAUACCCAUAAUUCUUUAUUUAAGGUUAUAUUUCAUACCUGUUAUAUUCCCCUUCAACAUUUCUCUUGGAAAGCUACAGUUAAUCUUUAAUACAAGGAAACAUCACUUACUUACAUAAGUUCAUGUAAUAUUCAAUAGCACACCAUACUUAGAAAGCACAACAAUUACUUCAGAGCUUGUACAGAAAUGUGUAUGUUGGGGCCGUGUGCUGAAGCAUAGUGAAAACGAAACACAAAAUUUGUAACAAUGACAAAGAAAACUGCUGGAGCAGACAAUUUAGAACAGAUAGAGGACUCUUCUUGGGCUCAAAAUUUGAUGCAUCAGCAAUUUAAGGUGCUUUGCGCUGCUGGACUCUUGCCUUAUGAAGAAAUUUGCAAUACACCAAGGAUGGUAAAACUGUAUCGGGUUUACCAGGUCGGCAUAUACGUACUCUACACUCCACUGCUAUUCUCACAAAUCCUUACAUUGUAUCACAAGUCAGGAAACUUAUUCAUUGCCAUAGAAUCUGUGACUCACAUGGUCAUGGGGGCUGCUGCUUAUUUGAGUCCUUUGCUUGUGAACUGGAAUGAAGCAUAUGUUCUCAUGCGUAAGUUCCAGAUGACCAUCGUGUCGAAGCCCACAACCCGACACAACAGUAAGAAGAUGAAAGUUCUGAAAGAAACAAAGCACAAAUCUGAAUUUUUGCAAUUAGCUGCCUUCAUUCUUGGACAAGUGACUGUAAUUUGUGAUUUAUGUGAGGUAUUCAUUUUGUAUCUUGUAGAAUACUUGGUAGGUAUUGAACAUCAGUACAAGAGGAUUCCAAAUAUAUCCACCAUUCAUGUAACAUUGUUAUUACAAAAAUAUCCUUUUAGUUCGUGGGUGCCAUUUGGUGAAACAUCCAUCACAGCACACAUAAUGACGUAUUUAUAUGCAAUAUUUCCUGUAUUAGAACUGGCAUUUAGAGUAGGAGUCAUAACUUCAGUAUUAAUGAGCAUUUGUAUGUACUCAGCUCUCCAAUUUCAAUUUGUGAGCAUGUCACUGGAUGGCCUAAAUAAUGUGGACGAAUCUGCUUGUGAAAUUCAGAACAAAGCAUUCGACAGUCAACAGGAACAAGGUACAGCUCAGGAUUUGAAUUACAGGAUCUCACAAGUAAAUACUAAAUUUGAUGAAUCGGGUCAGAUAACAGAGAAAGAACAUGCUUCUCAACUUCAUGACAAUAAAAAGCACAGCAAGAGAAUUACCGAUCCUGUCAAUUUUGCAAAGGACAAAGAAAAUUUCAGACCUGACAACAAAUUAAGUCCAGAGGACUGUCUUGUAGACAUUAUUCGUGAUCAUCAAGAAGCAAUUUUGUUUUUAGAAGAAGUCACCAACGUAUUUAAAAUGGGAUUUCUGAUUCUACAGUUGGCUGCAGCUUGGUGUCUGACUUCGGGACUGUUCCAGGUUGGAAUGAACAUAGACUUCGCUACGUCUCUGAAGGGUGUCCUUCUUGCAACUUAUGCAUUUGGCAUUGGUGGACUGGUUUGCUACUUUGGUGAAGGAAUCAAAACACAGAGCAAUUCAGUAUUAGAGUCAGCCUGCAAUGUGCCCUGGUACAGCCACACCACCAAAUUCAAGAAGAUGGUGCAGAUGAUCAUCAUGCGAGCACAGCGUCCAUGCGUAUUUCUCAUCGGCGGACUUUAUCCGCUAACAAUGGAACAUUUUCAAAAUGUUGUGAAUGUUUCAUAUACUUACUUCACCCUCUUGCUGCAGUUUAACAAGAAUUAACCUAAGUGACUAGAGUUCGAACCCAGGACCUUCGAGAAUGGAACAGAAGUGCUAACUACAACAUCCGAAUGUUUGGUAAAAAAAAAUUUUCUGCCUUAUUUGUGUAAUACAGUGCGAGCAUAAAGGAAUUUUACAUUUUUAUUAUUAUAUUGAAAACUAAUGUUGCAUAACCGUGACUUCGCCCCUAGAGUAGUCAGCAGAGAAUCUCCAACUUUUAUAUUAAAUCAAACAGUUAUAGCUGUGGAGUGCCUUUUCUGGAUUCCGCUGGUUUAAAAAAAUUGCUACUCCGCAGCCGAAGAUGCUGUGUACAGCAGUUAGUCAACACAGACUUCAGAACAUCUGUUCAACAUACAUUCCAGUGUACAACUACCCAGCCAAACCUUCAUUUACACCUAGUCCAAAGACUUCUGGGAAAAGGGGUGCAUUUAGAUUAGCUUUCUGUAUAAUCUUGAAGGUAUAAAUAAUAUUCUUUUAUUGUCAUGCUGUAUAUAAUGUUGCAAGCAUUUUAAAGCACAAAUUUAAAUUGUACGCCAUUAAGCAAUAUUCACAUAAAGGGUAAAGUAUAGAAACUUCUGUGG